AUGUGGGGAAAGGUGUCGUUCCAUCGGUCUCGGAAACCUGCCCCUCCCGGACCCGGCGCUCAACACAUCGAAAAACUUCCUAGAGCUCUACCUUUACCACAGAAACCCCCGCACUCAACUCUCUCUGCAAGUCGGCCGGGUUCAGAUCAUCGCGUGGCAUCUUCCGCGCAGGCUCGCGCCCCAGUCGAUCAAGGUCGUCAGCGCUCGACUACUUGGAGCUAUCAGAACGAAGACAGGUUCUACCGCGACCCUGGAACCGCCGCAGAGAGUGCCAGCGUAGAUAUCUCGCCUCCCGACUCGCCCAUCUUCAUCAACAAGGCACACCACAGCGGAGAAAGUUCGCGUGUCUCAUCUCUGGAGAUCGACUCAAAACAAGCGUUCGACCGAAACCCAGAAACAACGAGGUACAAGAGCAACUUGCCGAUCUUGCGUCAACGCGCGGAUUCUGCACAACUAAACGAUAGGCCAUCCACGCAGGAUCCGUCCAGUCGGAACCGCACGACACGACGGGAUGAUUUCACCGCGCCGUCUGCCGUCCAACACUCAGAUAAUCCUGCGCUUAGGACUGCCGGAAAUGCUUCUUUUGAAACACAGCCAACGAGAUCACGUGGGCUCACUGGAUGGGCCAAAGAUCAAUAUCAUACAAGAGAACAGAACGCGGGCGGACGCGGACGGUCGUCAUCAAAAAAUGACAAUCCGUUCUCACUGGCAAUGCGGGAGCCCUGGAAAGGUCAGAGUGGGCGAACGCCGAUGAUAAAUCCAAUCCAGGAGAAACCAAGGGGCAGAUCAUCAUCACGUGGACCACGAUCCAGCAACACUCGAUCGAGCGAGAAGGAUCGGACGUCUCCGAAUCAUGCAUAUCUUGGACUAGUCCCAUCUGUGGUUACUACUAUUACGGGCGGUGCAGAAAAGAAUAAUCCUGCGAGUACCGUCAAACGCUGGCCUAGCAGAAGCCGCCACCAAGACUCAACCCCGCAAAGGGCAAUUUCUCCUGCCAUCAUUAGAAACGAUGCUCCUCCUCGGAUCGACCUCCCCAAGCCUGACCUAGAAGCUACAUUGGCUGGACUGGAGCUUUCCACGGGGGAUCAAGCGCAUGAGCCCGUCAGUCGCUUCAGUGCGACCACAUGCGCCACGACCGAGACGCGUUGCUCUACACCCAGCCGUCGGGAUAGCAUCGACGCAGCCUCCCAGAAUACAGACAACGCCCCGUCGAUCAUGUCCAGAAAGAGGCCGGUGGCGAGUGCGGUGGUCCCGGGCAAGAAGCCCACCAGAAAGCCCACUCCAUCCCAGUCAGCUGGUAACACGAGCGAAUUGUCUCAGUGCUCUCCGGAGGAACAAGCUCAUGCCCGCAUUGAGCAGCUAGAAGCAAGGAGAGACAACCUCACGCGGCGGAGGGAAAACAUUGAUACGAUUAUCCACGAACUUACCCAGGUCAUCCAGCCUAGCUCUCUUGCCUAUGACAUGGCUGCCCGGGAGGAGGUCAAAAAGACGGUUGCCAGUCUCAACAACGAACUGGCGGAGAUCAAGCGAGAGGAGCAUGAAAUUGGCUUGAAGCUAUUCAGAGCAUGGAAGAAACGCGAUGAGCGAGCCUUGUAUGGUGGAGAUACCAGUUUAUGGGUUAAGCGGGUGACUAGCUGA